AGAAAAAUUGAACACCUGAUGGCAAUUAAUGGUGCACAUUUCUGCUCGCAUAUAAAUAACAGCCACUUCCCUCCAUUUGCAGUAUCAAGCAGUUCACCGACAAAUACGAGAGAAUAGAGACUUUUGAAAAUUGUCUUUUUGACAAGAUGGAGCAAACGCAACUUCUCCUGGGUGUUUUCCUGUCUGUAACUCUUUGCAGCAUUGGCGCAAACGCCCGAGUUUUUUCCAACUGCUCUCUUGCGCAGGAACUCGUCAACACCCACAAUAUCAGUCGAGCAACUGUUGGAGAAUCACUGAUUGAUGACAACAUUGCGGAUGAUGUGGCAUGCAUCAAGAAAGUGAUUGGAUCCACCAGGGCUGGAUUUGCUGUGUUUCCGUCUUGGAUGCAGAAGUGCAGGGCUGGCAGCAGGCGUAAUGGCAAUGCCGACUGGGUUGCUGGCUGUUUCUGAUCUAGCUGAGAAACUGUAUACAAGUAUAUAUAUAUAUACAGCGUAUACAUAACACCUGAUGUGCUUUCAUUUUCAAAAUGGACAGCACACAGCUGAUGGAAGCAACGCCAUAUAUUUAAAUGCAUUGGACUACGCAAUUUAAUGAUAGAAAAUAUAUCGGAUGUCUCGCUGUCUUGAAAAUGAGAAUAUUCCACGUGCUAUACAUUCAACUUUUCAAUAUAUCCUCAAACCCUGUUGGUGCAUAUCUUUUUCAGACUGAAUCAAAUGGGAAGCACAUGUGUCACAGAAAUACAUAUUAUACAACACAGCAGAACGCAGAAAAA